AUGAAAUCCGAUUUAAGCCUAGACAUUGGCCCAUUCCAGCCGGAAAACAUCGACCCAAGUACAAGUGAGCUUAAUAAAGCCUUGGUCAAGCUCUGUAAAGCAGAUGUCAAAUGGUGGCAGUGUGGAGCAGCAGAAUACAGAAGGCGUCGUGUAGCUGGCGAAACCCCCUUUCCUCAAGCCCCAAAGGUCGAUAACACAUCCGAUAUUCUUGUCCCGUCCCCUGAAGGGCAUGAAAUCCACUGUCGGGUCUUCGGCCAUGAUCAUCCAAACCCUAAAGGGGUUUUCUAUCAUAUCCAUGGAGGAGGCUAUGUAUUGGGAUCCUCCGCAGGGCAAGACCUUCUCCUCAGCGCAGUGUCACAGGCAACAAACCUCGUGAUUGUUUCGAUAGACUAUCGUCUAGCACCUGAGCAUCCGUUCCCUGUUGGCCUAGAUGAUUGUCGCACAGUAGCAGACUGGCUAAUCGAGAACUCAAGAGAGAAAUGGCACUGCGACUUCAGAUUUAUCGGUGGCGAGUCUGCAGGUGCAACGCUAUCCGCUUCGGUUCUUCUUUAUCUGCGGGAGGCCUCAAGAUUAGACAAUAUUGCUGGAGCUGUAUUGAAUUAUGGCAAUUAUGAUCUCUCGAUAUUGCCAUCUAUGACUACCUUGGAUCCGGAAAAUAGUGCGUUGUUGACCUAUGAAGACUGCAAACAAUUUAGCAACGCUUAUCUCCCUACCAUCGGACGUACCGAACGAAAGAGCCCUGCUAUGUCUCCGGUAUACAAUAAACUUGAUGGUCUUACGUCGGCUUUGUUUGUCGUGGGUACCGAAGAUGGCUGUUUAGAUGAUACUCUCCUUAUGGCAACAAAGUGGCAGAUAGCAGGCAAUGAGGCUAUCGUCAAAUUCAUCCCUGGAGCUUGCCAUGGCUUUAUGACGUUUGAUGGUAGCAAAGUCAAAAUCACCAGACAGGGAUGGGACGCAGUUAUCCAGUACCUCAACGAGAAGUGUUAG